AAGCUGACUGCGCAUGCGUACACCGUGUGGAGACGAGGUGGGAAAAUUCGUUCUAUCGGUUGCUGCCAUAAACCUGCGACAUAAACAUGCUUUUUUAGAACAAGUUCGUGACUUUACGGCUGAUAAAUAGAAAAAAACGGACUCUUCAGCUGUACACUAGUUCCAAUCACUGAGUGUCUGAGGUGAGACCAGAAAUCAGACUAGCCCUCCCAGUGAAUGUGAGUGUCUUUGGGACUCCGCAGCAUGAAGAUCGCAGUCGAAGGCUGCUGCCAUGGGGAGCUGGACAAGAUCUACGAAACCAUCGAGUACCUGGAGAAGAAGGAAGGUGUGAAGGUCGACCUGCUGCUCUGCUGUGGAGACUUUCAGGCCGUCAGAAAUGAGGGAGACAUGAAGUGCAUGGCAGUGCCUGCCAAGUACAGGACGAUGCAGACUUUUUACAAGUACUAUUCAGGAGAGAAGAAAGCUCCAGUCUUGACCAUCUUCAUCGGAGGGAACCAUGAAGCUUCCAAUCACCUGCAGGAGCUUCCUUAUGGGGGCUGGGUGGCUCCAAACAUCUAUUAUCUGGGUUAUGCUGGUGUUGUUCGCUACAAAGGGAUCAGGAUCGGAGGUUUAUCUGGAAUCUUCAAAUCACAUGACUACAGAAAGGGUCACCACGAAUUCCCUCCGUACAACCCAGAAACACUUCGAAGUGUUUACCACAUCAGAAACAUUGAGGUUUUUAAACUAAAACAGAUCCAGAUGCCUGUGGAUAUUUUCAUGAGCCACGACUGGCCUCGUGGGAUCUACCGCUACGGAAAUACAGGCGACUUGUUACGAAAGAAGAAGUUUCUGCGUCAGGAGGUGGAGUCCAACAGUCUGGGGAGUCCAGCAGCCGAGGAGCUGCUCGCUCACCUGCAGCCCAACUACUGGUUCUCCGCACAUCUGCAUGUGAAAUUUGCCGCCGUUAUGCAGCAUCCGCCCAAAAGUAACUCUGCCCCACGUGUCACCAAAUUCCUGUCUCUGGAUAAAUGUCUCCCCUACAGGGAAUUCUUACAGAUUGUGGAUGUUGCAGAGAGACCAGGUUCCUCUGAGGGUCUGGAAUAUGAUCCAGAGUGGCUCGCUAUCCUGAAGGCCACCAACAGUCUGCAGAGGACCAGUCCUUAUCCCUGGAACCCCCCAGAGAACAACGGCCUGCAUGACCGGUGGGACUUCUCAGCCUCAGAAGCAGCCAUGAUGGAGGUGAUGGAGGAUCUCAGCGGUGAACUCGGCGUCCCAGACAACUUCAGCCGGACGGUGUCGUCCUACGACCCCAACAGGCCUCAGCCUUAUACCGCCCCGAGCUGCAGCACCAACCCUCAGACCACCGAGUUUUGUGCCAAGUUGGGUCUGACUGACAUCUACGCCGCCGCCGGACAGCGAGGCGACGAGGCGACGAAGGUUCAGGGCGGUGAGGAUGACGAAGACGGAGAGAGUGCAGGAAGUACAGACGAGCCCAGCGAGUAUCCGAGUGACACCUCAGGACUGUCGAGUUCGUUUAACCCCGAUGAGAUCACGAUCGAGGACGAGUGGGAAGAAGAGGAGGAGCCAAAAUCAGAUGCAGCAGAGGGUGAACUCCACGCACCGAGUCGGCUGCUUCUCCCUGAACCCAAAUCGGAUAUUUCGUCGUCUCCUCUGUCCCGCCUCAUGAACCUGCCGCCUCCCUCCCACUCCACGCCGGCGGCAGCUCAGCCUGGAGCAGAAAGGGAAGGACGGUGUGAUGAUGACGGCGAGGAGGACGAAAUCACAUCUGCACGAAUCCUCAAACGAAGCAGCAAUGAGUUUGUGGACGGCGGCAGCAGAGGCCCAACGCCCAGAAUCAAACGCAGGAACCAGGUGAUCUAUACGGCGACUGAGGAUGAUGAGGAGUGUGAGGGUUAGAGGUCAUCAGUGGACCGUUUUUUUUAGUUUAUACUGGUUAGAAAUUAAUUUAUGUGUCUGCAGUCUGACUUUAGCACCGCUCCUCAUAAAGUUUGUUCAAAUGCCCUAUAAACAGACUGUAUACAACAAAUGAGACUCUAUUUCUAUAUACAGGCAACUAAAGCUACAAAAAUGAGUUUUUUUGUUGAAAUAUGAUUUUUAUAUAUUUUAAUCAAAUCAAGAAUUUUUUAGACAACAGAUUUUUGAGUUUUGCUUAUUUUUUGUACAUGAAACUUCUAAAUUGAAGAGGCUGAAAACGUGACAAAAGAUUUUUAAAAUAAAUUUAAUGACACAAACUA